UUGUGGGAUGUGGGCAUCGGGAUUUUCACGAUAUGCCAAGCGAGGUUAGAUCGGGGCGGAUGUAUGUAAAUCGACGCAAGUCAUGUUGAUUUAUUUGUAAGGUGACGACGAAGGGAUUCGACAGAAAUAUAACAUGAUAGAGGUACGCAAUUCGUAUUGUUGACGAUAGUAAAAAUACUUCCCCGCGGACGACGAUCUUCUCGCAAUGGCUAUGGCCGAUAAUCUGCCGAAGGUUUUUGCAGCUGAGGACUUUAAUCCAGAGAGAUUUGUGAAGGAGCUGAGUGCACAAUGUAUUGGUGCAGACGAAUUGAGGCAGCAGCGUGCAAAAAUACAAGAACUGGCAAACAAUACAUCUGCUCAAUUGAAACGGAAUGUCUAUCAAAAUUAUAUGCAGUUUAUCGAGACUGCCAAAGAGAUCUCACAUUUGGAGAGCGAGAUGUAUCAAUUGUCUCAGCUUCUGAGCGAACAGCGUGCUUUGUUGAGUACUCUAGGCUCUACCAGAACAACUGGCGUUGUUUUUGAGGAUUUGUCUGAGUCACAGCAGGAGAACUCUGCUGACUCUAUAUCCAAGGAAGAGGAACAAAAGCAGAAACUCAUUCAACUAAUUGAAAAUGUGGAAGGCGCCUUGAGUCUAGCCGAGACUCCAGGACGUGUGUGUUUACAUGAAGGUUCCCUGCUCGAGUUAGAUCCAAUCGAGGGUACACCGUUAAAAAGAAUUCAUGCAUAUUUAUUCAAUGACGUUCUAAUGGUUGCGUCCUGGCUGGCAAAUGGUGGUAGACGCGGCCCACCUAGGUACAAAAUGCAAGCAGUUUAUAAUCUAGAAAGCCUGGCAAUUGUCAAUGUAAGGGAUCACGGCACUGUGAAGCUGGCGUUCAAGUUACUGGCAUUUUCCGAUACGAGGGUGUUCCAGUGUGCCACAGCGACAAGUAAAAAAGAGUGGUUAGAUAAAUGUGAACAAGCAAAAAGAGCAAAACUGGCAGAGGAGAAUUUAGUCAACGUACCGGAAAACAAUAAGCAUUCAAAAAAAGAGGACAAAGAGGCGCCGUCUCGUUCGAUGUCUUUGGAAUCGAAUACAUUAGGAAUGGAGGAUGACGAUGACUUGGAGUACAAAACGCCACCAGAGUGGGUGUUGGAAGUGGCCGAGGAUCUAGAUUCUUGUAUAGCGCAACGUCACUUUAAUGAAGCUUACGUUUUAUUAGAGAAAGCAAAGGAUUACUUGAGAGACGUUCAAUCGACUCCGCUAUUAAUGGAGAUUCAAACGAAAGUGAACGAGAGAGGCUGCUCGCUGGUCAACGUAUUGACUAAGGAACUGGAGUUAAGCGCAGAAGCAAGGUCGUUACAGGGCGGCGGUCUGAGAAGUGCUCGACGUGCGGUAAAACUCCUUAUACAACUAAACAGAAGCGCACAAGCGUGUCAAUUGUACCUGCAAUUAUGCAGUGCAGUACUGAGGGCGCGACUGGAUAGGAUCAGACAAGACGGCACAAUCGUAGCCUAUGUGAAGCAACAUAGUGCAAUCGCCUUCAGCAAUAUAGUAGAGAUAGCGAGAGAAUUUUUGAAAACCUUUCCUAAAUCUACAAAUUGCACUUCUGGCUUAGUUGUAUGGUGCAGUCAGGAAAUAAAGUAUUUAACGUUGCACUUAUCUCAGCUGCUGUUUGUGCCACAAGUCACGCUAAGUACAUUAGUAGAAUGCAUUGUUGCUGUUCGAAGUCAUUGCGAUCAGUUGAUUCAGCUUGGCAUGGACUUCCGUUUUCAAUUAGACGGUCAACUUAGAUCUCCGUUAAUAAAAACUAUCAAAGCCGUGGGUAAAGACAGUCUCGACACGGUAAAGCGUCACAUAGCAGAGGACAAUUGGCGACCGACUAAUUUGGAAACUAGUCAGAAUCUUCAAAAGUUAUUAACUGAGCUCGAUGACCUCGGUAUCAGUGUACCAUCGUUACAAACAAACGACUGUUGGAUACCAUUGACGUACAAUACGAUAACUUUUGCCAAGCUCUACGUCAGACUGUUAGAAGACUGUCUUAGUAUAGUCACACCCGAACUUAUAACUACGAUAGACGACGUGCUUGUGUUUGUGAUGCGGGUCGAAGUUCAACAUUUGAUCGUCUCGCUUACAGAUCCAAAAUUGAAGCAAGAGCGAAAAUUAGUACAAAACAAUGCAGCCUACGUGCGAGAUGUCGUUAUCGUCCGGGGCCUAGAACUGUACAAAUCUGCAACGAACCUGAAAUUCACGAAGCUACUUGCUUUGAAAGAACAAAUUGUAUUUGAGUCCUUGUCACCUACAAAGCCGAGACCAGCUCCAAGAACUUCAGUCCCCAAAUACUCUACUACGGAAUAUCUCUAAACCAGAAUAAAGAACGUUGCGCCGUUUUAAAUAAAUGUAUAGAAGAAAAUGAUCACAGUAAUGAACACUUACUCGUAUGUGUAUGCAUGCACAUACGAGAUAAUGUAUUAUAUUGUACAUAGAAAACUCGAUUCUUUUUAGUAAUAAAUACAGGCAUCAUAGCGACAUAGAAGUACUUCGUUGCACUUCUAACGCAGAUGAACAUUUAAUCAUAAUGCCAUCGUAGAACUCAUUAGUAUCUCGUAAAACUUAAUUAACAAACAAGUAAGUAUACUAUCUUCACAAAGAGAACGACUAUGAUCCGCACAUUUUAUGAUCAGAUUGGUGAACUUGAACGCGUUAUAAUAUCGCAUGCAUUGUCGUACCCUUGGACUGCUCAAAGGUAUGACAAUAAUGUGGCAUUAAAUAACGCGCUCAAGUCCCCCACUCUUUGUGAAUAAUCUCAAGUGUUCGUUGAGUUCGUAUUUAAUGGGCCAUAGAACACUCGCAAUUGAGGAUUUGCAAAAAGCCCAACUAAACAAACAAGAAGUUCUGGUUAAUGUUGAAAAAUAAUUCCCAGACUGAGAGAUACUAUUGCUCGAACGGAAUCUCUCCCUGAAGGCCACUGUCUGCAAGGUUAAUGGGCUUCAUUCAAGAAGCCAGAAUCCUUUGAGCCUAAAGAAGAAGUCCCCCACUCUGAUCAUAAAAUGUACGGAUUGUGGUCAUUCUCUGUGGAUGCGGUAUAAGGAAAAUUCGACAAAUCACAGACUAUCGUACGGUUUCCUAACGAUGCGUGUAAUGUAGUAAUUUGUAAUAAUAAUGUAACAUAUAUAUGUUGAAUUAUGUACACAUUUAAUUCGAUAU